CUCAGUUGAAUUAUUGCAUUACAUGCUUUAACUGGGUUGGAGUGAAGAAAGCACGAGCUGCCUGAUCUGCCUCUUCCUGGUGAAUUACAUACAGGCCAUGAGUUUCACUUCUCCUUCACUCACUGAUCCUGCACUGAGAGUGAGACCACACAGCACUUUACUUCAACAAUACAAGAUCAGACUGGAUAUGGUGACUUUGUGGUGCGUGUUGACCUUGCUGAGCUUGCAUUCGCUUGAGGCUUCAGGCACCAACGCUGGAGUUAAAGUGAGAGUGACUGAAAAGGGACUCGAAUAUGGUCGCCAGAUUGGCAUUGCCGCACUACAGGAGAAACUCAAAAGCAUCAAGAUCCCAGACCUGAGUGGCACAGAGGAGGUGUCUCCUAUUGGAAAAGUCUCAUACAGCCUUACAGGGAUCCAGAUCCUAAACCUUGGGUUGCCCAGUUCUGCUGUUGGGUUGGUACCUAACACUGGAGUGAGCUUAUCCAUCAUCGACGCCUAUAUUAACCUUCACGGCAACUGGCGAGUCAAAUAUCUGAGAAUCAUAAAGGACAGUGGCUCUUUCGAUUUGAACUUGGGUGGACUAUCCAUUGGUGUGACCAUUGGCGUCAAGAGAGAUGAUACCGGCCGUCCGAUGGUCAGCAGUACCGGCUGUACAGCAAGCGUUGGCCAUGUCAGCAUUAAAUUCCAUGGGGGUGCCAGCUGGCUGUAUAAUCUGUUUAAGGAGUACAUCGAUAAAGCUCUGCGUAGUGCCCUUCAGAAACAGAUCUGUCCUCUGGUGAAUGAAGCAGUAGAUGAAAUGAAUCCCCAGCUGAAAACCCUAAACGUUUUAGCUCAAGUUGACAAGUACGCUGAAAUUGAGUAUUCCAUGGUGGAGUCUCCGGUCGUUUCUAAUUCCAGCAUUGAUCUGAGCUUAAAGGGAGAAUUCUACAACAUUGGACAGCACAAGGAACCCCCUUUCUCCCCCACACCGUUCUCCCUGCCCCCUCAGGACAGCAACAUGCUGUAUAUUGGAUUAUCAGCUUUCACCCCCAACUCGGCUGGAUUUGUGUACAACAACGCCGGGGUUCUUAGCCUCUACAUAACAGAUGACAUGAUACCCUCCAGUUCUCCCUUCCGUUUGAACACAAAGACAUUUGGAGCUUUCAUUCCACAGAUUGCUAAACAGUACCCUGGCCUGAUGAUGAAACUCCUGGUGAAGACGGUGAAGGAACCAAAAAUCGUGUUUGAACCCAACAAUGUGACGUUGCAGGCGAGCGGCACAGUCACAGCCUACGCUAUCCAGCCCAAUGCUACACUGUCGCCUCUCUUCGUCCUCAAUGUGGAUGCCAGCGUGAGUGCUAAGAUUUACGUCACUGGAGUCAAAGUGGCUGGAACUCUGACCCUUAACGAACUUGACAUGACCUUAGGAACAAGCUACGUGGGACCAUUCCAGGUCAAAUCCCUUGACAACGUUUUCAGGAUGAUUUUAAAAGCUGUUGUGAUCCCCAAAGUUAAUGCUUAUCUGGAGCAAGGUUAUCCUUUGCCUGCCAUUGGAAAAAUGAACCUGAUCAACACACAGCUUCAAAUUCUGAAGGAUUACAUGCUGAUCGGGACAGACGUUCUGUUUUCAUGAUGACAGUGUGUGUUUUUAUUUAACUACUUUCCAGACAUGACCAAUAGAUUUCAAUUCUUUGAUCGUCGUACCACUUCAGAUAUGAUUUUACAUGAAUAAAUAAAUGAUUUCUGUUUUUAAA